AUGAAGGAAGCUGAAGAACAGGCAACAAAUACCAUUGUUUAUACAUCACAAGAAAAUCAAUUAGAUGGUGGAAGAGGUUCCUCAAGGUUUAUACAGUACAAGUGGUGGAUACAGAUAGUAGUGUUCACCAUGUUUGUACUCUCCGGUCAAUCAGCCGCAACAAUGUUGGGAAGACUUUACUUCAUCAAUGGUGGAAAUAGUAAAUGGAUGGCAACACUUGUUCAAACUGUUGGAUUUCCACUUAUGUUACCUUUUAUCUUCUUAUUUUCACCUUCAAAAACACCAUUGGAGCAUCACCACCAAGUCACUGGAAAAUCUUCUUGGACUACCCUUGUGAUUCUGUAUACAACUCUCGGUAUAUUCUUGGCUGGAAAUUGUAUGUUGUAUUCUUUUGGACUCAAUUUUUUGCCAGUUUCCACGUAUUCGUUGAUCUGUACGAGUCAACUCGCUUUCAAUGCCUUGUUUUCAUACUUCCUUAAUGGACAGAAGUUCACUCCGUUCAUAGCUAAUUCGCUUGUUCUUCUUAGUUUUUCGUCUAUGCUACUUGUGUUUCAGAGUGAUUCUAAAGAGACCGGGAAAAUAUCAAGAAGCAAGUAUAUCAUUGGUUUUGUAUGCACAAUCGCUGCCUCUGCAGGGUGGGGUUUGAUGCUUUCAAUAACACAACUCGCACUUCAAAAGAUAUUGAAAUCUACAAGCUAUAAGGUGGUAUUUGAUAUAACCGUGUAUCAAAGCUUGAUAGCAACUCUUGUAAUUCUCAUGGGACUAUUUGCUAGUGGUGAAUGGAAGGAUAUAAAGGAGGAAAUGUGGGAUUUUGAGUCUGGACAGGCUUCGUAUAUAAUAAAUCUUGUAGGAACAGCUGUCUCAUGGCAAGUUUUCACGUCGUGUUUUUUGAUGAAAAGAUGA